GGCUUGUAACUGCAGCCAUCAUCACGCUUGACAGAGAGCGCGCCAAGCCCAGAAUAACAGGACCGUGUGUAAUUUUGUGAUUGUUUGGUGAUUCCGGUGAUUCUAUCCGUUUGAAUUUGUGUAUAGAGAUAAUCGUGAAGCCGAACCAUGCCAUCAACAUUAGACUUGGGCGAAAGGUUCUUCGGUUCCCGUGAUGUCUACGAAAUCUUCAAAGUUAACAAAAAUGCCCAGGAAGGCGAGAUUAAAAAGGCAUACUACAAGCUGUCCCUGAAGGUACACCCGGACCGUGUGAGUCCCAACGAGAAAGCGGAGGCCACCGAAAAGUUCAAAGUGCUGAGCAAGAUCUACUCCGUCCUCUCGGACCAGGACAAACGGGCUUUGUACGACGAGCAGGGCCUGAUCGACGAUGACGACGAUCCAGCCGCCGAUGUCAAGUGGAUGGCCAUGUGGCAGAAGUUCUUCAAGCCCAUCACCACCGACGACAUCGAGGACUUCGAGAAGGCCUACGUGGGUUCGGAGCUGGAGCGCAAAGACAUCAAGGAAGCUUAUCUUGGCGGCAAAGGUUGUUUGGAUUACAUGUCGCAGUACGUUCCCUACAUGGGCGUCAAGAGUGAGCCGCGGAUUAUCGAAGCGGUCCAGUCGAUGAUUGCCGCGGGUGAAGUUCCGGAGUACAAGGCCUUCACGGAGGAACCCAAGGAGAAGCGUAAUCGACGUCACCGGAGGGAGACCAAGGAGUUAAAGGAAGCGAAGGCACUGAAGAGGAAGUUGGAUACUAGGAAGGCUUCCAAUAGUGGGGGCGGGUCGCUCGAACAGCAGAUUGCUCAACGGCGGUCGGAACGCGAACAAGGAUUUAAUUCUUUGUUGGACCGGUUGGCAGCUAAGUAUGGUAACGAGAAAUGAGUUGUCCGAGGAAAAUUCAUCUAAAUGUAAGGCAAGUAUUUCGUCAAACUAUUUACAACGGUUUUCAAUGUUCCUUAAUUCUAGUUUAUAACGUUGCUGCUUUUAAAUAAUGAUUAGUACACAAUAAGCUUUUUUAUUUAAAUUAAAAACUACUUAACUACAUGUUACAAUAAUACCUCCAUAUCUUUAAGCGAUAGGACAGUAGAUUUUUCUCAAUAAACACUUCUAGGAUUUGAGUAGUUUUUCAAAUUUUUGUUGAAUAAAUAUAAAAUCAUUAAGAA